GGAGGCGGUCGUUGUUGUCACUUGGACCCUUUUAUAUAUAUAACACUAUUUUGUAAACUUGUGGGUGUUUUGUCGUUGGUCGAUUUCUUGCUCUGCUUCCGUAUGCCCUACAUCGAUAUCCCAUCCAGGGACGACUAUGUGUCGAUAUGGUACAUCACUAACUCUGACUACGGUAAUGUUGGCAGCUUUGACCCAGAGCGGCCCACUUGUAUCCUCCUUCAUCCCUUAUUUCUGGACUCCAGCUGGUUGAUUAGACACUUCGACGACCCCAGACUCUCCAAAGAAUACAACUUGAUAGCCUUCGACCAGCGGACUUGCGGACGAUCACGAUGUAGACCCAGCCAAUGGCACGACAGCUACGUUGAUGCUGCAGAUCUCGCUAUGGCCUGCCAGGCUUUACUCUUACCUCCCUCACACAUACUAGCAUUCGAAGGCAUUUCUGUCAAUGCAGCUCUAAGACUUACUACAUUGUGGCCCGAGCAAGUCCUAAGUCUGACUUUAUGCGACGUCCCCCCACCGACAGAACUCCAAUGGGUCUUCCACGCCUACGACGAACUCCUCCAAUUAUGGUGUCAUGCACCUGACCUCGACUCAUUCGAACAUGCAGGGAACGAAGUAGUGACUUUCAUGACUGGGGAGCAAAUUUACGGUGCCACGUGCACGCCGCAGAGCGACAAUCUAGACCUUCAAGAUGAUUUGAUAGCCUACUGGGAGAAAUACACGCCUCCGACAAAACGUCUGAGGAUAGUAGAACUUGUUAACAUUAUGAUGAAUCGCACGCUUUUGAGACCCGAAGAACUUGCCAGUAUCGCUUGCCCUGUUCUUAUUAUUCAGGGAGAAGCAAGUCCCAUAGCUCCGCUAAAAUACGCGGAGAAACUGAAACAGCAUUUACCAAACGCCCAAGAUGGACCUCGGUUGUACGUUGUCAAGGGCGCCAAAGCUUGUCUGAACAUCAUCCCUGGAAGCGCUUCGAUAGUGAACCAGGUCUUCUCAAAGUUUCUUGCCCAACAGCGUCGUACGCGGUCCGACCUCCUUCCUCCAAAUAUGACCAUACGAGAACGGUCAAAGGUCGCUCUAUCGAAACUUGCGGAAUUCGUCGGCAUUCCAUCUAUUGCCCAAAGGGAUCCUUGUUCUCCUCUUUCGUUUUCAUGUGUAAAAGCCGAUGUCGCGAAAAGCCAGUUGGAAAACCUGAUGUUUUACGCGAAGGACUUGGAUAAAGCAUACUGUCCGCUUGGGAGAGAUGGUCGGCCGUUGCGGAAAUACUCUGAACGGAAGAAGGAAGCUCACUGGUUCCAAGGAGACAAACAUGGUAAUAGCUACAUCGACACUUCUGAGCUCCAAGCCGCUCGCAACUACAAGGGGUACAAACAGUCACAUUCCAAGACUGCCGACUCUCCGGAACGUCCAGUAGCAGGAUCUUUGACUGCGAACAAAGAAAGCCUAGUCACAGACGAGGUCGCGCAGGAUGGUCGCAUGCGUCGAACAACCUACAAUGCUAGCUCAGUCGACAAGCACGUUAUUAGAGGAACGAUGCAGAAGGUAGUGACGCAAAGUGGUCAGCUGCCUAAAGGGCUUAUAACGAAGGCUUUGUUACCGUCGUGACUGGUCAUGAUAUCUGUACCAAAAGUAUUAACCCUCAUUUUCUCUUCCCAUGGCUGCCACAGAUCACAUCACGACGUCUGGAAUUUCACAACUACCUUAAUGUUUUCAGCACAUAUAUAUGUAUCCACAUCUAA